UUCCCUCCGGCCCCCGAGCGCGUCCCGCUCCUCGCGCCCCGAACCCGCGGCUGCGAGCCCCGGGGCGGCGCGCCGGCUGCGGGAAGCCGGGCAGGGCGCGGCGGCGGCGGGAUGGCGGGUUAGACGGGUGCCGGCCCGCGCCCUCCAUUCUCUCCGCCCCGGAGCCGUCCGCGCUCCGGGUCCCGAGCGCCCGCGCCGCGAGGGGAGCCGCCUUCGCCGGCCCCGGGCACCCCCCGGACGCCUCCCUUCCCCCCCACCCCCCGAGAUGCCCAACCCCAAAAACAGUAAAGGCGGACGCAAAAACAGACGCGCCAACAGCAGCGGCGACGAGCAGGAAAAUGGAGCCGGAGCCCUGGCGGCGGCGGGCGCGGCGGGCGCGGCGGCGGCCGGGGGGGCCCUGGCGGCGGCGGCGGGCUGCGGGGCGGCAGCGGCGGGCGCGCCGGGCACCGGGGGAGCGGCGGGCACCGGGGGCGCGGGGACCGGCGCCGCCAACAACGCCGCUGCCAACGCCGCCGCCGCCGGCAACAACGCCGCCGCGGGAGCUGCCGCCGCGGGCGACGGUAAGAACGAAGCCCCCUGCGCCACGCCCCUGAUCUGCAGCUUUGGGAGGCCCGUGGACCUGGAGAAGGACGACUACCAGAAGGUGGUGUGCAACAACGAGCACUGCCCCCACAGCAGCUGGAUGCACCUGCAGUGCUUCUACGAGUGGGAGAGCAGCAUCCUGGUCCAGUUCAACUGCAUCGGGCGGGCCCGCAGCUGGAACGAGAAGCAGUGCCGCCAGAACAUGUGGACCAAGAAGGGCUAUGACCUGGCCUUCCGCUUCUGCUCCUGCCGCUGCGGGCAGGGCCACCUGAAGAAGGACACGGACUGGUACCAGGUGAAGCGGAUGCAGGACGAGAAGAAGAAGAAGUCAGGGUCGGAGAAGAACACGGGGAGGCCGCCCGGCGAGGUGGUGGAGGAGGCCAAAAAGUGCAGGCCCCCGAACAAGCCCCAGAAAGGUCUGAGCCACGACCUCCCCCGCCGGCACUCCAUGGACCGGCAGAACUCCCAAGAGAAGGCGGUGGGCGCCGGGGCCUACGGGGGCCGCUCCCCCUGCGGCUCCCCCGGCCAGUCCCCACCCACCGGCUACUCCAUCCUCUCCCCUGCCCACUUCAGCGGCCCCCGCUCCUCCAGAUACCUGGGGGAGUUCUUAAAGAACGCCAUCCACCUGGAGCCUCACAAGAAGGCCAUGGCCGGGGGCCACGUGUUCCGAAACACCCACUUUGAUUACAGUCCGGCCGGGCUGUCCGUGCACAGGGGCGGCCACUUUGACACUCCCGUGCAGUUCCUGCGGCGGCUGGACCUCUCUGAGCUCCUCACCCACAUCCCCAGGCACAAGCUGAACACUUUCCACGUGCGGAUGGAAGACGACGCCCAGAUGGGCCAGGGCGAGGAUCUGCGCAAGUUCAUCCUCGCGGCCCUCAGCGCCAGCCACAGGAACGUUGUAAACUGUGCCCUGUGCCACCGGGCGCUCCCGGUGUUCGAACAGUUCCCACUGGUGGACGGGACCCUGUUCCUAAGCCCAUCGAGGCACGAUGAGAUCGAAUACGAUGUUCCUUGUCACCUUCAAGGGAGACUCAUGCACCUGUACGCGGUGUGCGUGGACUGCCUGGAAGGGGUGCACAAGAUCAUCUGCAUCAAGUGCAAGUCGCGGUGGGACGGCAGCUGGCACCAGCUGGGCACCAUGUAUACCUACGACAUCCUGGCCGCCUCUCCGUGCUGUCAGGCCCGGCUGAACUGCAAGCACUGCGGGAAGCCCGUGAUCGACGUGCGGAUCGGGAUGCAGUACUUCUCCGAGUACAGCAACGUCCAGCAGUGUCCACACUGUGGCAACCUGGACUACCAUUUUGUGAAGCCAUUUUCCUCCUUUAAAGUUCUGGAAGCUUAUUGAUGAAAGCUUUGCUUUGGUAAUAGCUCUUUUAUCGACACUCUUACUUUAUUACAUAUCUUUUCUAGGGAAACAUUGUGAGGUUCAUUUCUUUUCUAACCUAAAGGAAAGUUCCUUUGUGUAGGGGGUCACUAAAAUGGGCUGCCCCUGCCCUCCCCUGACUCCUGAGUGUUCGUCUGUGGUCCUGGCCAGAGCCCCGUGCACAGUCCUGUGAGCUGGGGUGUUGGUUCCCUAUCACAAAGAGUCUCCCUUGCAGCUUUUAAGGUGGUGGGGAGGAUGGGCUGAGUUUAAGAAAGGAAUUAGAGUUUGGAAGGACUUGGGAGCCCCCUCUCACUCAAAGACAGCCGUUUUAGACCCGCUUUAGAUCUUCUCUGGGCCACGGGAAAACAUGUGACAGGUGAAUGUAAGUCUGUGCCUGGAGCUGAUGGUGUGUCAGCCCUCUUGUUUAGCUGCUGCAGCGCACUUUGGCGUGCAGUUUACACUCAUUGACAAACUAUUUGAAAGUUAACGUGAGGGCUAUUUCCAUCACUCUCCUAGUUUCGUAGUCAGUUUUCAUACUGAGAAUAAUAUCCAAAUUAUGAGACAUAUGAGAGCUAUUGGUAUUGCCCAUAUUUUUAGGUAAGCUGACUUAUAGCAGUGAGAAUAUACUAAAUUAAUUUGAUUCACACGGAUUUAAGAGGGCAAAAAGGUAGAAAAUUGUAAUUUGAAUUUGGUCACAUUAGCUUCCAAGGAGAAUGCAGGGAUAAUAACAUGAUUUGGGCAGCACUGGUAUAUGAAGGUUGCACUGUGGAAGUGCCAUUUCAUGCCAGACCCUUUUCACAGGGAAAUCUCACAGCCACAGACCUCACGUGAUUCUGGAGCCACUCACGGCCACAUUUCUCUCCUCCCAAAUUGCUGUCAGUGACAUUUUACCCAUUUAAUGCUGUGUUUGCAAAAUAAAAAAAUUUAGCCCUAGAAGGAAAGGAAAACAUUAUUUGUGAGGGUAUGAGGAAAAGAAUAAAUUUAACAUCUCUGUUUUAAGAGUAUUUCAUUUUGGAAAAUCAUUGAAUUUAAGGGAUAACAAUAUGUUUGAAAAUAGAUCAUUCGGAAGCUUUCUAUGAUACCUUAACCAUUGGUUAAAAAUAGGUGAUACUCUGUUAGUAUGUCUUUAUUUUGUCAGAGCAUUGGGCUUUCAACAUGCUGCUAUCUGUUCAUUAGAUAUUGGUGAUUUAAUUAGACAUACAUCCUAUGCCCUUAUAGGAUUGGAAUAUCAUUGCCCCAAAAUGAUAGGCAAAUUGAAAGCUUAAAAUAAAAUUAUUUUACAAGUAACCGAAUUUGGAGUUACGUGAGCAUUUACAUUUCUCACUUGGUUUAUACCAUUUUUGUCCCCUCAGAUAAACAGUUGUUUUACCUCCCAGAAGUGUUCAGGCAUUAUUGCAAGUGAGCUUCAGUUCUACAUGCAACAGUUGAUGUUUUGUUUGAAACAGCGCAGUCUUAAAAAGAACCCACAUUUUUCAGGUUGGAUGAUUGUAAUUCAGUUUCCCGCAUCUGGUUUGGUGUUUGAUGAUCUGAAAAGUGUUUCAUAGCUGGGGAACUGCCCAGUGCCAAUAAGAAGCAGAAAAUCAUCGCUGGUCUGAGAGCAUUUGAUGCAACUGAAACAGGUCUAUAGGACAUAACCUUUGCAAAUUUGUCUGUAACACACAGACCUGCAAUUGUGGGUUAUCUAUUACCCUGUCGAUUCUCUCAUGUACCCAAGUACAAAAGUUUCUUUUGUCUUUCGAGCACCAUUUAUUUGGCUUUUACCUCUGAAUUUAAAAUUAGCAAAGUAUUUGUAAUGCUGUUCUAAAUUUUUUUUAGAGAAAUCUGCUAGUAUUGUUCUCAAACUUAAUGUCUAUGUAUAGAUUCCAUUAAGCAAGUUCAUCAGUCUAAAACUGCUCUGAGCGUAGUGUCUACUGCUUUCGUUAUUUUCUCCUUAAAUUGUCUUCUAUUCCCUAAAAAAUAAGUAUGACAUAAUUAGGUAAAACUUGCUUUUAACCUUUAUUUUGAUGAAAAAGUUAGGACCCUAUGGAUGCUGCAAUUACACAAAAGGAGAGGCAUAGAUGGGUAUCCUAUCUGAGGAUAUAUUUGGCCUUUAAGGCAUUCCUGUCUAAAAUGGAAAAUUUUGUUGAUUUGAGAAUAAAAUAUAAUUAAUUAUACAAUAAUAUAGAGACUAAAACUUAUUUUGGAAUCCUGCUGACCAUAAUAUUUCCCCCAUGCUUUCUCAAACUACUUUGCUCUGAGUUCCUUGAUGGAAAUUGGAAUAUGUCAAAAAGAUGAUUAUUUUUGUUGUGGUUUGGAUAUUAAAAGGUAUUAAUCACCCAAGAGAUCCAUCUUCUGUUUUUCUGAUGAAUAGUGCUCUAUAAUCUGAAUCACUCAUAGUGAUCUAUAAUUUCAAAUCCAUUUGUCAUCUGCUCUAACUUUUUUUUAUCACUUAUAUUUAAGAGUUAUACACCUUGAACAAACACAAUUAUCUACUUUAGUAAGAAAACUAUUUCUGAUGAUCUCAUCAUUUUCUCUUCAGACCAGCUCAGUUCUCCACUUUCUUCUGGUUCUAUCUGAAGAACUUAAAAUACUGGGUUUUUACCUAAAAAGAGACAUUGGCGUGAACCUGGAGAUUGGGGUCAGUUAUUUCAUUCUAAUUAAGAAAGAGCUUUCCCAAGUCUUUAUUUUAUACUUUUU